GCCGCAGAAAAACUAACUGGCAGCAAACUUUAUGUCUGCAGUUACAGUAGGACUUUCAACUGUGCUCAUGAUGAACUUGAGAGCUCAUUCAGUACUCCACACCAGAAAUUUUUAAGGCUUGGUAAAUAAACACAGCAUUCACUCAAGAGGAUUCUAGACUGCCUGAGACUUCCACAAGUUUUCCUAUUUCUCUAGUACUGGAGCAAGUUUUAAUGGAGCAACAGCAAUGAAAAUUGCAAAUACAUGGCAUUUCCAACAAAGAACAUUAUGGAUAAAAGGCAGCAACUAGUAAAAAAGGAAUUUGGGAAGAGAUUCUCCCUGGAUAGCAGACUCAUGGAGUACAUGGACUCAAAUAAAUACAUAGAUUACUUGCUAACUCAACUGGAAGAACAGCGCUGGAACUUGUGGAAGGAAAAGUUGUCUGUGGCUCGGCUACAGCAAGAAGUUGCCCACAGUAAGAGUGACGGAACAAUGCGUGAGAAACUGGUACAUGAGUUGGAGGAAGAGCGACAUUUGAGAUUUGAAAGUGAAAAAAGACUACAAGAAAUGACCCUGGAAUCUGAGCGCCACAGGGUUCAAAUGUGUGGACUGCAACAGCAGUUUUCAAGAAUGGAAGAAACAGUGAGGAACCUACUACAAAGUCAAGGUUUAUCUGAGCCCAAUGGAGAAGAAUCUGUGCCCAUAUUAAAAUCAUAUCAGGAAACAUUAAUGCAAGAGGGAAAGCAGUGCAAAACAGGAGUGGAAGACAUUUGCAUGUCAGAUAAACAUUCAAGGAGUGAAAACAACAGCAGUGAAGAGGAAAGAGACAAAACAAAAUUACUCUUGGAACGGCUGAAGGCUCUGGAGGCAGAAAAUUCCGCACUGGCUAUGGAAAAUAAAAAUCAGAGAGAGCAGUAUGAAAGAUGUCUUGAUGAGGUAGCCAACCAGGUUGUACAAGCGCUGCUUACUCAGAAGGAUUUGAGAGAGGAAUGCUUGAAGUUGAAAACAAGAGUUUUUGACCUGGAACAACAAAACCAAACACUAAAUGUGCUAUUCCAGCAAAGAGUGAAACCAACAUCUAGCAUACUGUUUCAGGAAUGCCAGCAGAAUCUGAAAUCUGGAAUACCUGCCUUGAAAUGCCAGAAUCAGUUAAAUGGGAUUGGACCUCACCAAGUUUAUCCUAGAAGCAGCUGCAGCAGCAGUGAACUCUCCUUGUCUAGCGCCUGCAGUGAAUAUUCCAGCAGCUCCUCCUGGAAUGAUGGGAAAGCAUGCAAGAAAAAGUCAGUAAGCUGGGAUAAAAGGAUAAGUAUAGGCUCUUCACUCCCCAGCAACCAUUCCAGUCCUGCUGAUGACCUACCUCCAACUCGUAUCAAGGAAAACCACAUUCUGGAUGGGCUGAAGAAGUUACAAAAGCAAAAAAAAACAUUAGAACCUCCUUCGGUUAUAUCCAAAUGGGGCUAUAAAGAUUGCAUGGAUUCUAACGAAGGAAUCUAUUCUCCCGGAAUUAAGUAUGGCGCUCAUAAAGAACAGACCAAUGGCAGGCCUGAAAUGGAGGUAGCUUGCCUAGAUCACCCAAAAAUCUUUGUGUAUGAUUCUGAUUCCCACGAGGAUGUGGAUGAUGACUCUUCGUCUUUAGUACUACUGCAUGAAGUACCAAGGAAAGACUGUUGGCACUACUGUAAUAAAUUAACUCACAGUGUUUCUGACAGCUUAUUUGGCUGGGAACCUGAUAGAAAGCAUUUAUCAGAAAUAAGGUCUUAUUUUAAUUCAAAGGAAAAGCCCGAAAAACUGACUAGUUUUGUCAAUGGAUUUCAGUUGGGUGCAAAAUCGUGCAGGGAUAUGAAGCUGCCUGUGCUGCAGAUAGAUAAAAGUCUUUCCAGUGUAAGCUGGAGAGACCUUAAUUUACACCUUUCAGAUACUGACGACAAUGAAAUCCUUGAUGAAUUACAUGUAGAGAGCAGCGACGAGAAAAGCCCGUCGUAUUUGUCAUUAGCACCCUUUGCAGAAAAGAACACCGGGAGCUGUGGUGUGCUUGGGGAGAAAGAAAACACUCAGCUGCCAUCUUCUGAAAAACAAGCCCCUCCCUCAGACAUCAGGACAAAGGCAUGCAAUUUUAUUAAGCAGCAAAAAAUUAUAAAGAAGACUUCUUCAGAAGAAUGUAUUACUGUAAUAUUCGAUGCCGAAGAUGGCAAACCUAUUGAAUUUAAUUCACAUCAGGCUGGAAUUGUUACUGUAACUAGAAAUGAAAUUUCAAUCCACCAGCCUUGUGAUGCAGAAAACACUACGUGUUUAUCUCAGGGAGUAUCUAAUUUGCAGAAAGCAAUAGAUGCUAAAAGCUGCCAUGUUAUGCAAAUACCUGUUAAUAAAGCAGAGAGAAAAACUGCCCCAAAUGAUUUCAAGGAUGACUGUGCAAAUGUCCCUGCUCCCCACAUCAGAGAUUGUCCUAUACAAUUUGGAAAACCACAGUGUCAAAAUACCUCUCAACAAAAACUAACCAAGCCCUCAUGCAGUAUUUCUUCUAAUUUGAGCUCCCCUUCUUGUAUCCAGGGAGGUAAUAAUCAAAAACACAAAUUAACAAGAGUAUCCAGCCGAGACAAGUUUUUGCCACAGACAGCAAAAGCGGCCAUGGCUGAAAACUGUCCUUUAGUCUCUCCCCAUUGCUUUAAGACCUUGGAUAAAGGUCCAGUCUCACCGGCAAAAUGGUCAAGACACAAAAAGAUGCCAAAUCCAAAUCAGAAUUCAAAAGUAGGCUUGAAUAACUGCAAGAUGUUAGCCCAUCCAGAAACUAAGAUUUUGCUCUCGGAAUCAACUGCCCUGCCUCAGCAUCUUCUAGAGCCUGUCCAUAGUGAAGAGAAACCAACCAGAGAUGUCUAUUGUGAAGGGCCACCAGCGGAAGCCAGAUCUCCUCCCCCUCCCCUUCCUCCUGGCAGAUCAACUUCACUCUUAAUUAGAUCACAUUAUGAACAUUCACCCCCUGCUCUUGACCAACCAAGAGGGGGUUUUCUCAGCGGUACAAGAAAAGAUGUUCAGUUGUCACCACAGAAAGGAAAUUCAGUGUCUCUUUGUCACAAUGUCGCUGUUUAUGAAACAAAAACUGAUAAACUGCCUGCCACACCUCAACUUGAAUUAAACCACUUUCAGGACAAGGGAGAAGGCAAAUGUGUAUCAGAAAAAUCCCCUGCCACAAGCCAAGUUACUUCCAAGAUUUUCACCAAGAAAAUUUGUUCACCAAAUUCGAACUUGCCCAUGUUCUACAGCAACCAAGAACUGUAUAAUUCCAGAGUUGUCCCUACACCUUUCACAACACAAGAUACAAGUUCCCUGUCUCAGGAGACCGGUGUACCUCAGAAACCAAAAUUUCCCGAGAGUUUCUCCACUUCACUGGAGCAUGACAUAAGUAUAGUUGGGGAACAGAGUGUUCUGCCUCAAAUUAACCCUUCUUCAGUUCCAUUGUUAUCUCAGGUCAAGGAUGAUGGAAACUUGUCUGGCAAGGUCCUGAAGCCCCAUCUCUCUGUGGGACUGAAAUUAUUCAUAACAUCUCCUCGCUUUGUCAGAAAGAGUUCCACUGUGCCAGGAAAGCAGGAAAAAGACUGUAUGAAUGCAGCCUCUAAAUGCAACGUGAAUUCAGAUAAAGAUAGGCAAGGUGAAUCUUCACCUCAAACCACUAUAGACUUAGGGGACACUGAAGAAUGGAGUCUGGAGCCCCAAAUAAAGGAAAGUUUCUCAAAGAAGCCCAAAAUGGACCCAGCUUUCCCUAUUUCCCCUGAAACUUGCAAUUUGAUAGAGCCGGACAGAUUUGAAAACAAAUCUGUUAAAAGAUCCAUUUCUUCUAGCAAUAAAGCAUACCUGAAGCCAGCUCUUGGUAUGACUGGAGCCAAGGCCCGUAGUCAGAGUUUCAGUAUUUAUAGUGAAGAACUAUUGCAUGCACCUUCCCCAGAACGGUUGGGAAAAGUGAGAACACAGAUUAUAACAAAUACCUCAGAACGAGGGAAUUCUUUAACCAGGCAAAACUCGACAGGGGAGGGAUUACAAAUGAAGUUUGUUUCUGAAAUGACUAGGACAACAGAGGCGGUUCCUGCACUUUCUUACACUCGGCCAGGCAUUUGUGCUAAAGUGAGUGGUUCCAGUAGUCAGAUGAGCAACCCAAGCAAGCUGCCCUUCCGAACGUCUCCGAAAGGAGAUCUGUGCACCAGUGUUUUGAAAAAGGGGAUCCACAAAUCAGCAUCCCAGAGUGAAGUUCCAGAUACACCUGGCCAAGAUGAAAAAAGCAGUGACGUUUCCAAGCGUCACUCAGCAAUGGAAAAAAGUGUUACCCAGACAGAAAUCAACCAUACCAGUGUUUCCCCAGGCCAAAUUUUCCCAUUUCAGAAAAACAUGGACAGGAUUGAACGUCAUCAUAAAACCGAAGGAAGCAAGACAGCAUUGCCAGAAACUUGUCUAAAUGGUCCCGAAACAUCUGGAAAGGCUUCGCUUUCAACCAGCGCACAUCCUACAAUAGAAGAAAAAGUGAUGUUGUGCAUCCAAGAAAACAUGCAGAAAGGACAAGGGCAAAACCCAUCUGGCCCUGAGAUGAAACAAAAAAACGGGGGCCCUUCUCUUGCCAGCUGGUUUGGUUUCCGUAAAAGUAAACUCCCAGCCCUGAACAGCCGAAAAACAGAUACCUCAAAAAUCAAAGUAGAAAAGAAAGAGGCAAAAAGCUCAGCUUUUGGAAGUAAGCAAGCAAAAUCCGAAAAAAAGAAAGACAAAAAGAAAAGCGAGCAGCACUGCGAAGCGGAAAACGAGCUGAACAGGAAAUCUUCUGUCCUUUUAGAUGGUGCUCCCAAAGGGAAAAAACUGGCAAAAGCUGUACAUGGCAACCCAAGCCAAGCACGAUUGGAACAGAAAAGCAGCCCUACUGCUACCUACUCAGGAAAAGACAACUUCAUGAAAGAGCUUUUACACAGAGUUGAUAAGAAGGCAGCCCAGCAGACAGAAAGUGGAUCAAAAAAUGUUUCCUACAGGAGCGUGUCGAAGAGCAUAUCCCAGGGUUUUCCUCUUCCAAGCAACUCCAUCAAUACUCAAAGAAACCAGAAGAAAACCAGCAAAACAAAGGUUGAUAUAGAAAUACCAAACGAGGCCUUGGUCAAGGUAGUAAGAGAAAACUUUCAAGAGGAUGCAGAAGAUUCAAGAAAUCAAAGUCAUUUAAUAGAAUCCUGCUGCCAAAUGAGGACAUUGGACAGUGGAAUAGGAACCUUUCCACUUCCAGACUCAGGAAACCGUUCAACGGGCCGACAUGUUUCUAAACAAGGACUGGAUUUAGAAAAUGAAGAUUUCACGUCAGCCGAGCAACCUUUUCCUCAGGCUCCAUCUGAGAAAGCCCAAACCCUAGAACGAGAAGUGCCUUCAACAACUAAUAAAAGCCCGGGAUCUGUUGAGAGUGUAAUUUCUCAUUCGGCAUCUGAUCCUGUGAUGGCUGAUAGAGGCGUGCAGGCUUUGCAGAGUCAUCUUCCGAAAGCAGCUUCUUCAGGAGUAACAAGUCCUGUGGAAAAAAACAGUCAAGAAUUGAGUUGUUUGGCUUCAACAUCAUUAGAUGAUUCAGAGAAAGAAAAAUGUAGCAACGUAAAAAUGUUUCCAGAGUGGAGCAGCAAGAAUGUUAUCAAAGCCAAGGACAGGGCACUGAGAGUAUGCACUUACUCUGCUAGCAGUAGCAGUGAUACCGAAAUGGAGCUAGAACAUGAAACAAAUGAUUUUGGAACUGGAGGGGAAAUGUUGGUUGAUUUAAUGAAGAACAACAAACAAGAUACUCUUCUACUUACAAUUAGAAUUGAGCCUAAAAUUCCUGUUGCUAAACCAGACAAAAAAAGCAUUAUGUGAAAGCUUUGAUGAUCCAAUCAUGAUGGGCAACUGAAGCCAAUAUCUAAAUUGAAGCAACCUGAGGAAAUGAAAAAAGAUUCUAAAAAAAAAAACGAUGUCUAAAGUUUGCUUUGAACUCUCAUUAAAUUUAAUAGCAACUGAUACAUUUUGUUGGGUGGGUGGGGAGAACAGUGCAAACAACAUUGAAGGACAAGAAGAAAAUGAAAAUAAUGAAGAAAUGUCUCUAAAUAGUUCUUGAGAUAGAGAACACACAGAACCUUUGAGAGUUUCUUUGUAUGAUAGCUUCUCAUCCAGUACAAGCUUAUACAAUGUUUAAAGAUAUUCUACAGCGAUGAAGCACUUAACAGAAGAACUAAAUAAGAUCAGUAAAUAUAUUGAGAGUUGACAACGCUCAUCAUAGCAUCUAUCCUGGUGUGAUCAUACAAUGAAGAGAGGAGACUGCAUCCUUGUGAAAAGAAAGAAAACACAAUAUCUGUAACAUAACUUUUAAAGUCUUAAUUUGCACUUUCAUGAAUUAUUGUACAGAAGUUGUAAAAAUAUUCUUUGACAAAGAAAAAUAUAUUUGUAGAAAAACAUAAUAGCAAUAAACACUAAUUUGUGCCAUGCUUCUGAAAUGGCACAUUACUAACUUUAAAUACUGGUCUUAAUAUUAACAAAAUUAGUGAUCAUUUUUAUAAAAUAAAGUUUUAUAAGCAUUCUAGUCUUAAAAUCGUAUGCAGCUGAAUUGCUUUAUUUGCCAAAAUUGAACUUGCCAAAUUACAUUAAAACCACUUGGAUUACAUUAUACAACAUAACAAUGCUGUUUCAAACUAAGGUUUUACUCUGAGUUCAAACAUUUCCAAAAGAUACUCCAUCUGUAUUCUUCUGUCAUUGUUAUAUCUUAUGCUGAUUUAACAUGUCUUCAUAUUUUAUCUUAAUGUUAUUUCAGAAUCAUGGAGAAAAGGCCAUUUAGAUUUGUAAUUUACAUGUUUAAUUUUUGUAAUAAGGAAAAAAUGGUGCUAGCAAAGAAAUUUGUGAAGUUUUUUUCCUACAAAGACUGUUUAUAUGUGAGGGAAAUGUCUAUUUCAAAGGUGGAGUGUUAUUUUUUCUAGAUGUGGAGUAUUUAUAACAACUUUUGUACAGCAAUCUGUAAGCUAGCUAUGUUUGUGAUACCUAGUCAUUUUACUAUGUUUAUAGCAAAUUCCUAUUCAUUUUUCCUCAAAGUAUGAUGUACUAUCAGUGUUAUGUUAUUAAUACUUUUGUGCAAUGUUACAUUUUAUGUUGUUUUCAAAUAUACAGUGCUGUCAGGGUGGACUUCAUUCUCUCAGACUUUUAUAAAAUUUAUUUUGGAAUUUAUUUCUGAAUAAAAGUCAAAGCACAUCUGGAUAUUCUAAUAUAUAUGGC